AUGGAGAUGGUUAAAAUCGUCGAUGAAGAGAAUAACAAGUACACCUUUAAACGAUACAAGGGUUAUCCAUUCAUUAUAGAAACUGUUGGAAAUGUAAGAGACCAGCUAGCUAAAAUAGCAAAUCGUCACAUCAAACAGGAUGAUGUUCUCGUUUGUGUGUUCCCCAAAUCUGGUACUCAUUGGCUCUACAAUACAGUAAUGAUGUUACGAUCAGGUUCUCUAAAGUACUCUGGGUCCCCUACAAUGAUGGAAUUUCAAGAUUUCAAUGAAAUAGAGAAGAUGCAAUCACCCAGGACGUUCGGCUCCCACUUGCGGUUCCGGUUUCUUCCCGAACAGAUGAAGAUCGGAAGAGGGAAAGUGGUCACCGUUACCAGAAAUCCUAAAGAUAUAGUGACAUCUGUAUAUCACAUGCUACAAAACCUAGGAGAUAUCGGAUAUCAAGGAACAUUUGAAGGGUUUUUGAAUAUUUUUCUCUCCGAAGAAUGUUUUAUGGGUAAUGGUUCCUGGUUUUCCUGGAUAAAAGACAUGGAAGAAUGGGAACAGUCAAACUUUCUCAGUCUUUCAUUUCACGAUUUCAAACAGAAUACAUUUGCAAACGUCGUGAAAUUGGCAAAGUUUCUAGAAGUUGAUCAUGAUGAGGAUUUCUUACGAUCAGUCUCAGAAAGUAUACAAUUUAACAAGUUAAAAGAGAGUCACAAAAUUACGACCCCGCCCAGUGACCGAUGGAAAGACAUUUCUGAGGAUGGACGACUGCCUAUAUAUAGGAAAGGAGAAGUUGGAGACUGGAAAGAAAUGUUCACGGUUGCCCAAAGCGAAAAUUUUAAUAAAAUUUUUAAGAAAAAGGUAGAAGAGAUGGGUCUAAAAAUCAAAGCUAGCUGCGAAUGA